AUGACAUAUUUUCGUCCAUUAAAAGGCUCAAGGUCUCGUAAUGCAUUGGCAUUCAUUACAGCAAGUGCCUUGGGUUUAUUUGGUGGUAGCUUGACGUCUCAAUCAGAGCUUUCGAUGGCUCUAGCAGAAGCAGGAAAAGAAAAGUGCAAGAUAUCAAAAGAAGAUGAUGGAUGGUAUCCAAAUACAACCACAAAACACUGGCAUUUCUAUAAAGGAAAGAUGAAUCCAAGUGCUGCUGAAUCCAUGAAGCUUUUUAAAGUGACGGAUACGCCUAUAGCCGAUGAAAUUGCCAAUUAUUUGGGCGUUAAACUCAAUGAUAUGGAGGUCAAGAACUUUAAUGAUGGAGAAACGAGCGUAGUUGUUAAAGAGAAUGUGCGUGGUAAACGCGUCUAUAUUGUUAGUUCUACCAUAACAGUGGAUCGGUUAAUGGAACUGCUGUUGGCAAUUUCCGCCAUGCGUCGUGCCUCAGCCAAGAGUAUCACUGCUGUGAUUCCGUUUUACGGCUAUGCACGAAUGGAUCUGAUGCACAAAGGCCGCGAGCCAAUUGCUGCUGCUGAUAUCGCACGCAUGCUCGAGACUAUGGGCGUGGACCACGUUGUAUCCGUGGACCUUCACAGUGCGCAGAUUGAGGGUUUCUUCAAGCCGCAAGUUCCGGUUGACAACCUCCGGGCAUUUCCUGUUGGUGCCGUGUACUUUUCGGAGCAGAAUCUAGGUGAUCCGAUUGUUGUGGCGCCACACUCGGCUGCUGUGAACCGGGCGGUCGUGUUCCGUGACACUCUGUCGCGAACAAUCGACGAAUUUGUGCCACUGGCGUUUGUAAUCCGGAAGCAUCAACUUGAUAAAGAUCAGCCUGGUGAGUUGGUGGGUGACGUCAAGGACAAGGACUGUAUUGUCGUUGAUACGUUGGUCGACACUGGGUCCACCCUGGUGAAGACAGCCAAGGUAUUGAAAGCCAAUGGUGCCAAGACUGUAUCAGCCUUUGCUGUACACGCUCGCUACUCUGCUCAUGCCAUGGAAACGCUACAGAACUGCAAGGAAUUGGACAAACUCGUGACCACUAAUACAAUCCCCGUGUCUACUAAUUUAGGAGAAGUAUCGCCCAAGAUUGUCACGCUGUCGGUCGCACCCUUUAUUGCUGAAGUCAUUUCGUGUAUUCACACCAAGAGCUCCAUUGUUCACGUAUCCAAGACAAAAUAG